AUACGGGCGUCUAGGAGUGCGGAAGCGAGGCUGGCGCUGCCGGGUCCGGGACGGGGGACUUAAGCAGGGAUGAAGAUCACCAGGCAGAAACACGCCAAGAAGCAUCUUGGCUUCUUCCGUAACAAUUUCGGGGUCCGUGAGCCCUACCAGAUCCUUCUGGACGGCACGUUCUGCCAGGCGGCGCUGCGGGGGCGCAUCCAGCUGCGGGACCAGCUGCCCCGCUACCUUAUGGGAGAGACCCAGCUGUGCACCACGAGAUGUGUGUUAAAGGAGUUAGAGACUCUGGGAAAGGAAUUAUAUGGAGCAAAACUGAUCGCACAGAAAUGCCAGGUUCGAAAUUGUCGUCACGUCAAGAGUGCAGUGAGUGGCUCAGAAUGCCUCCUGUCCAUGGUGGAGGAGGGAAACCCUCAUCAUUACUUCGUGGCAACACAGGAUCAGGAUUUAUCUGUGAAAGUAAAGAAAACUCCUGGGAUUCCUCUCAUGUUCAUUAUUCAGAACACUAUGGUCUUAGACAGGCCUUCUCCCAGAACAGUGGCCUUUGUGAAAGCGGUUGAGUCAGGCCAGCUGGUCUCAGUGCAUGAGAAACAAAGUAUUAAGCAGCUGAAGGAGGAACAAGGCUUAGUGAAGAGCUGGGAACCUAGGAGGAAGAGAAAAAAGAAGGUAGGCGGCCCCAAUCCUCUCAGCUGCUUGAAGAAAAAGAAGAAAGCACAGGACACAAAGUCGCCUGCUUCAGAAAAGAAAAAGAAACGGAAGAGAAUCCGGAACAGAUCUACCCCGAAAGUACUUCCUGAGCAGCAGGGCGUGGAAGGAUGACAUGCGUGGAUGCUCUGGAAGGCCAUGAGGAGACUCGUUUCCUUGAAAACUGUGAAAGAGUUUACAGCAAAGACUAAACUUAUUUUUCUAAGUUAAUACUGGUGCAUACACUUUUGCCUAAAUUAAAGAGUGGUUGGGUUUCUUUAUUACCAUUCAUCUUCA